UACCAGCUGCCAACAUGGACGUGCGAAUCGUUUCGCACCGAAACUGACAAACUCUCUUUCCGGCUAACGCCACUGUUAAACAGACGUGUUGAAACACCAUGGCUGACGAAGCGUUUGAAAACUUCGAUGAGGAUGUGACGGCACCGCAGGAAGCCGACGAUGUCGUUCAGGAUGACCAGGCGGCUCAGGUCUACGAGGAAGCGCCCGUAGUGCAGACAGCUGAGCUGCCCGAAAUCAAGCUGUUCGGCCGCUGGAGCAGUGAUGAUAUCGAUAUUUCCGACAUUUCCGUUUCGGAUUAUAUCGCCGUGAAGGAGAAGCACGCCAAAUACCUUCCCCACUCGGCCGGUCGCUUUGCGGCCAAGCGUUUCCGCAAGGCCCAGUGCCCGAUCGUCGAGCGUUUGACCAACUCGCUGAUGAUGAAGGGACGCAACAACGGCAAAAAGCUGAAGGCGGUACGCAUCGUGCGUCACGCGUUCGAGAUUAUGCAUCUGCUGACCGGUGAGAAUCCGCUGCAGAUCGUGGUGCACGCCAUCAUCAACUCGGGUCCACGUGAAGACUCUACCCGUAUCGGUCGUGCCGGUACCGUCCGUCGUCAGGCCGUCGAUGUGUCUCCUCUGCGUCGUGUGAAUCAGGCUAUCUGGCUGCUGUGCACCGGAGCCCGUGAGGCUGCAUUCCGUAACAUCAAGACGAUUGCAGAAUGUUUGGCCGAUGAGCUGAUCAACGCCGCCAAGGGUUCGUCCAACUCCUAUGCCAUCAAGAAGAAGGAUGAGCUGGAGCGUGUCGCCAAGUCUAACCGAUAAAAGGCUUUUUCCGU